AUCAACUAAUCAGCAGCAGAAGAAAUCAAACAACAAAGGUGGACAGGCAGGAUGCGGAGGUUGAUGUGCGAUGACGGUAAUUGAGCGCCAUUGGUCAAUCUCAAAGGAAGAGGCGGGUCUAUAGAACCCUGAGUUGUAAUUGGACGAUGGACGGCUUCCGAAAACAGCCGAAUGAUAACGAGUGAGCCCGAGCGGGGAUGAUCAGCUGACCGUGAGGCUACGCUGCUCGUUCCUCAUUCUAGCUUCUUUAAAGCUCCGAAAGGAGAAGAAUAUCCUAUUCUGACCGAUCCAGCGACUCGCCAGCACGGGCAUGCCGUCGCUUCUUUUCUGCGGGCCGAAGAUGGCCGCGUGCGGGAUCGUCAUUAGCAUCUGGGGGGUCAUCAUGCUGGCUAUGCUGGGCAUCUUCUUCAGCGCCAAGUCGGCUGUGCUGAUCGAGGACGUCCCGUUCACUGAGGAGGACAUCACCAAAGAUCAGAACCCCCCUCAGAACAUCUACAGCCUCUACAACCAGGUGGGCAUCAACUGCUUCAUCGCUGCCGCCGUUUACGUGGCCGUGGGCGCUGUCUCGCUGUGUCAGGUGCGCCUCAACAAGCGACAGGAGUACAUGGUGACAUAAGGAGCUGCACCUCCUCGGCCUGAGUUUGGCCCCAAAUACCCACCCUUUACCCCCCUCCCCGGUCUGAUCUCCAAAUGAUGAAGAGGAAGUAAUGGGCAGUCAAGAGUUCCUUGGUAUUUAUUAUGAAUUGAAAUGUUGUUGUUGUGCGUGGACGCAUCCCAUCAUUCCUGUGAAGCCGACACACUUGGACAAAACGUUCCUCAGCUGCUGCAGAGACGCCGGCGCUUUGUCUGCAUCCCUGCUGCUCUCUGCACACCUUCAGUCUGUCAUGUGUUAAAGUGAUGACCAUUGUGUUGGGGCUUGUCUGUAAUAAAGUGUGUUUGUGAAAGUUG